GUGCCCAGCUGGAGAAGCUGAUGGAGAACAUGCGGGCCGAGGUGGGAGCCCACCCGCCCGUGGAGGGGUCGUACUCCCCGCGCCGAGGGGAUUUCUGCAUCGCCAAGUUUGUCGAUGGGGAAUGGUACCGGGCCCGGGUGGAGAAGGUGGAGUCGGGCGGCAAAGUUCACAUCUUCUACAUUGACUACGGCAACAAGGAGACGUUGCCCCCGUCCCGCCUGGCCCCGCUGCCCCCGGCCUUCUCCCCCCGGGUGUUGCCCCCCCAGGCCACCGAGUACACCUUUGCCUUCAUCCAGGUGCCGCAGGACGUGAGUACGGGGCGGGGCUGGGGGGGCCCUGGGGGGUCCUGGCCUGGGCCCCAACCCCGGGUCCCCACUGUGGCUCCCCCACCCUGGGUCCCCAAAACUACCCCGACCUUGAACGCCAGCUCUGGGUCCCAAACGUUACCCCCAGACCUGCACCCCAACCCCAAGACCCCCCCAUGGACCCCAACCCCGGGUACCAACCCUGGCCCCCAACCCUGAGUCCCAAUCAUGAACCUCCACUCUGGGGAUUCAAAGAGGCUCCC